AUGGCGCUCGCCGUAGACGCUGUCCUGGCAUCGACGCUUUGGAACGCAAAACUCAAUGAUGCUAAAAGCAAUGGUGCAUUGACAGCGACGGAAGGCAACGCACUCGCCUUCGGACUCCACAGCCUGGAUACCAUCCUUGAUGGCGGCUUAGACUAUGGAGACGUCGCUUGUAUCAGCUCUGAAGCUGAUUGCGGCGCAAGUAACCUCUGCUUGCGUCUCAUCGCCUCUCAUCUGCUUGCGGGGGACAAUGAUAUAGCGACCAUCGUUGACACUACGCUGUCCUUCGAUCUUCGGGGACUACACCAGAGGAUCGUCGUGACACUGCAGGGGCAAGGGCGUGAUGCCAGUGCGGCGAUGACAAUGCUUGAGCGACUGAAGAUUAUGAAGGUCUUCGACUUCGUUGGCCUGACCGAGAGUAUCUCAGAGGUUAGAACGGAUCUCGACACGUCUUCCUCCGCCACAGUUGAGGCUCAGAGUCACCCAGUCGACCAGCCGAGAGGCACCGUUGCAGACAGCGACGAUGAAGAAGAAAUGCUUGACGAAGAACCGCCGAAGGAACUUGCUGCACUCAAGCCGCUCACGUCAGCUGUAAAAGGCGUCCGCUCACGUCAACUGCUGAUAGUCGACAGUAUAUCGCACGUCGCGUUGCCGUUGUUGAAGAGAAACGCUGUGCAAGGCAAUGCCGUCCUGACUUCCUUCAUGCGUUCGCUCCGUCAGCUUACCCAAGCCCACGGCCUUUGCACUGUGCUGUUCAAUGGCGCCACUGCAUACGCGAAUGCCAAGGACGAAUCACCGAGCAUCUUCGCAUCGUGCACGCUGCGGCCGGCAAUGGGCAGGUCAUUCGCUCUGUAUAUGGAUCUGCACAUGCUGCUGCAUACGAUUCCGAAGACGGCAGAUGAUGCGAAGGCCGCUUAUGGUGGCAUGCAGCAACGGGAGCUAGAAGUAGUAAGCGUGCUUGAAGUGCUGCAAGACAGGCAUUGCGGGCGUGGAGGCAGAUGGACGGGCCUUGCCAUGGCUGCAGAUGGCCAUCUUGAGGAGAUCAGAUGA